UAACUAUAUUUAUAAUUAUAAUCAUUUGAUAAUCUAUAAUUAAUCAAUGAAUUGUAAUUUUUUCAUUAAAUAUACCUUCUUCUAUUGAAUGAUUCCAAAAUUGACCUCCAGCAGAACAUUGAUAUAAUGAACUUCCAAUUAUAAGAAAUUUCAUCAAUACAAGUUAUUGAAGAAAACCUGAUACUCAGUAUGUAGCGUCAUACAUUAAAAUAUGUAACCGAGAUGACCCCUUAGUGGACAAAUGCAUCAUGAACUCAAUAGAAGAACUCCGGCCCAAAAUGAUCAAGGGCAUCCCAGAGCUGGAUGUGCCUGGUAUCGAGCCUCUCAGCCUGGGUCAAAUAGCCCUCGCGAGAGGUCCACAAGGCGCCAAGCUGACAGCGGUUGUCAAUGAUGUCAAGGUGACAGGACCCAGCAACUUUAAGAUUACAGAACUAAAGUCAGAUCUGAACAAGAAUCGAUUUGACUUCAAACUGUUGCUGCCCCGGUUGGACUUCGCCGGAAAAUAUAAAAUGGACAUUCAGAUACUGCUGCUGCGACUUCAGGGAAGAGGAAACAUUACUGGAUCAUUUAAGGAUUACACAUGCAAUGUGACGAUGAAGGGGCACAAAGAGAUGCGAGACGGAAACGAGUACCUGAACUUCGACCCUAUGAAGGUCAAACUUCGUGUUGGCGAAUCCUUCAUCUACCUUACUAACCUCUUCGACGGCGAUCCAGUAUUGGGCCCAGCUACCAACAGGGUUAUUAACGAUAACUCACAAGUAUUUCUGCAAGAAAUCAGCCCAGUUUUAGAGAAGAGUCUAGCAGAUAUAUUCACGGAAAUGGCGAAUAAAAUCACGUCUAAAUUCACCUAUAAAGAACUGUUCCCCUGAUAUUCUGUGUUUAAAUAUACUAGCUGUAUUAAGUUUAAUGUGAAUUUGUUUAACAGCACUUUGUAUAUUAGAUAAAUUAAUACCAAAUUUUAUUUUGAGUUAGUAUUAUUAGUGAGGGUAGGUAUUUAGUUUUAAAGUUUUUAUUGUAAUCGUAUCGUUACUUUUUGCAAAUUAUUACUAAGUAUUUAUAUUGCUAUCAGUGUUUUAUUUAAAUUAACCAUUUAUCUAACCUUGUUAAUGUUAAAUUGUUAUUAUUGAUUCAAAUAAAAGCUAAACUAAAUUCUCAUUCGAACCGUUCUGUACUUUUGAUAAUAAUUAAAAUGUUA